AUGGCCUCGCCCGAGUCGCCCGCUUCCGGAGGCCUCCGACGACGCGGAGGCGGCGGCGGCUCCAUCUCUGGCCCAGGGGGAGGCGGCCACGCUCGCGUCCCCUCGGACGGCUUUGGUUCCUUUGUCGAGGCUUCUACCAUGCCGCCAAUAGGCAUCGAUGCAGGGCCCAGCUCAGCUUCAUCGCCGCCGCCGCCGCCGCCGCCCCCGGCUGCUUUUGAUCCCGGCCUCUCCGAGCCCCUGGACGGCACCCGAUCCGCUCGCCGUUCUCCGCACCCAAUCAUCACCGCUCAUCAGCAUCAGCAGCCGCAUCGACAGCCGUCAGCGAUGUUCGAUCACAGUGCGCCGCCCACGGCUGCCGCCGACGACGACUGGCAGACGGGCGAUCUGGUCCAAGACUUCUCGCCCCUAUCGCCGCGCUUCCCGUCCGUUGGCGCCAGCCUCACGCGGCCGAGCCCGAAGAGGACUGCCUCGUCCGCCUCGCAGACCCAUCACUGGGACGAUUGGGACUCGUUCCUAGCGUCCCAUACAGGCGAGCUGCCAGGGGUCCAAGGCGGAUCUGCAACAUCUAAGGCCGCCACGCCAGCAGCUCCGGCGACGCACAACCCGGCCGACGAUGCCUUCUUCGACGCCUUUGACAUGGCGGCAAAGCACCAAGAGGCCCAUCGGGCGCCUUCGCCGCCCAUCAUCGACCUGCGAGAGGUAGAGCGCAAGCUUAACCUCAAGAGGGCCGCGUCUCACCGCCAGAAUGGAAAGGACAAAGCUGCAGACGUCCCGAAAGAGGAAGAAGACUUCUUCGACGCCUUCGAGAGGGCUCCGCAGAGGGCUCUGGGACGAGGCAGCUCGCUCCAUCUGGAGCCAUCGCAGCUCGAAGACAUCCACGACGCCCGUACGAGCCCCAUGCGCCCGCACUCUGACAACCAACCAGACUACUUUGACUCGUCCGGCACGACGAGAACACAGCCAGCCGGAGAGGCCCAUGCCGCUGUCUCGAUCCCGCGCUUGGCCACCUCGCCUACAGAAAGCACCUCGCCCAGCAGCUGGACUGGCAGCCUCCGCAAGACGUGGACCUCACUGCGAGGCCUCUCGGGUGAUCUCGUCAGCCACCUGCCCAGUGCCAGCGAUUUUAUCGUCCCUCCCGAGGAAGGCGACCACACGCCGGGGACGCACGAUGCCAAGCCAGGCGGAGGUCUGCUGUUUGCUUCAGACGACCGACGAACGAGCAGCCCAUUGAGCGCGACCGAACGUCGCCCAAGCGUCGAGAGCAGGCGCUCGCCGCUCGCCUCGUCCACGUCCUCGCUCGGCGCCGCACCCAGCUCGGGACCGAUGCGGGCGCGCGACCUGUUUGCCUCGCCGCCGACGCAGACAGCCCCGAACACCCUCAGGCGUGCGCCGUCGCAUUCGGCAUCGAUGCCCAUCUCCGGCGCUCCCGGCUUCGACGCCUCGAGCAGCCGCCAGUGGAACACGGGCCAUUGGACCCUGGACGCAAAGCAGGCCAAACGUGCGAUCCCGGUCACCCUGAGCGAUCGGCGGCCAGAGACGGAGAGCGUGUGCGAGCCCUGGCACGCGGCGCGGAUCCAGGCUGCGCUGCCGCCCCGCCUGCAGCUCGGAAGGCAGUGGAAGCUGCUCUACUCGCUCGACCAGCAUGGCAUGAGCCUCGCCACCCUCUACCACCGCGUCUCCCAGGGCCUGGACCCCUCGUCGACGCGCAAGGUGUCUGCGGGGGUGCAAGAGGCGGAAGGGUGGCUGCGCGGCGCAUCUGCGGCGACAAAGGCGGCCAUGGGCGUCGAGGGCGGAGGCCAGCAACCCCGCGUCAAGCACGUCGGUGGCGGCAUCUCGAUCCAGGACGCCGGCCUGGUCAUCGCGAUCAAGGACGACAACGACAACGUCUUUGGCGCCUACGUCAACGAGAAGCUCCGGCCGCAGCAGCACUAUUACGGCAGCGGCGAGUGCUUUCUUUGGAAGACUUUCAGGCGGUCCAGAGCGGAGCUCGACGCGCUCGCCAAGUCGGGCCGUUCCGAUGCCGACGACAUUGGCGGCGGCGAGGACGAGGCGGUGGCGUCUUCUUCGCACAAGGGCAAGGCGGUCGAGACGUUCCGUUGGACUGGCAAGAACGACUACAUGGUGCUCACCGAGUCCGACUUUCUCUCGGUCGGCGGCGGCAACGGCAAGUUUGGGCUGUGGAUCGACGGCGCGCUCGAGCGGGGCGUCUCGUCGCGCUGCCCGGCCUUUGACAAUGCGGUGCUCUGCGACGACAAGCCGCGCCGUGCGGAAGCGGCCGACGACGAGCGCGAGGGCCGAUUCGACUGCAUGGGUCUCGAGGUGUGGGCGGUCGGCAUCGAUUGA